CGCCGCCGGCCGUUACCUAGCAACGCAGGCGCGACCCGCAGCCAUGGAGGGACGCCGGGGGUCGGAGCCUGUGACCGUGAGCUCGGCGGUGCGCGAGCACCUGCGACAGCUGUGCCUGCGCGAGUUCCCGUGCGGCAUCGGCAGCUGGAAUCAUUCUCGCUUCGGGCCGCAGGCUGGGCAGAGGCGCGGGGAGCUGGUGCCGGGAGAGGCAGAGACGGCAAGUCCCGAGGGCGAGACGGUGGAGGCGCUGCUGGACCUGGUGCGCAGCCCGCACUCACCCUGGGCUCUGCCCGGCGACUCCAGCACCGAGGACCGCUUCCUCAGGGAGCUGGCCAUCCGCGACCCGCUGCUGCUCAACGACUCUUUCUUCUGCUCCUACUUCCGGACCCUGCGCGUGGUAGACAAGGAGGUGACUUUGGUGGACGAAAACCUCCUGAAGUUCCAGAAGUUGGAGGAGCUGAUCCUGAGUGCCAACCACAUCAAGGAGGUGGACGCGGCCCAUCUGCCCCCAACCCUUAAGGUGCUGGAGCUGUAUGGCAAUGAGCUGGCCAGCAUGGAGUCUCUGUGCGUCCACCCGCCGCCCCCCGGCCUCCAGCACCUGGGCUUAGGCCACAACAAGCUCCUGGGGCCCUUGGAGAGUCUGUAUAUCACAGCCAGCCACUGGCCCAGCCUCGUCUCCCUGGACCUGAGCUUCAACGACCUAACAGACCUGCAGAGGCUGGUGGCUGCCCUGCGGACCCUGCGGCGCCUCCGGCUGCUGGUGCUGCAGGGGAACCCGCUGGCCCUGGUUCCCUACUACCGCGGUUUCACCAUCGACAGCCUGGGCCGCCUCUGUGUGCUGGAUGACAUCACCGUGUCCCCCAACGAGAAGCACCAGUUCCGGGGGCUCAGCCUGCAUGGCGAUCUGGCCCACGCGGCACAGUUGGUGGUGACGAUCGGGAACAUCAGGGGGGUUCCAGAUAGCUCUGUGCUGGACCCGGAGCCAGGGCCUGAGGGCCCGUUCACCUCGUACACCUACUAUGUGACCUACGACUUUGUGGAAGACGAGGAAGGUGACCGGAAGGAGUAUGCCGGUGUACUGGCUGAGAUUGUCAAACCCUCCCCCAGCACUGAGCCUCUGGGCGAGGACCUCCCGGAAGAGGAGUUGCGAGGGGAGGUCUCCGAGGAGGCCGAGUCGCCCGAGUCCGGGACCACGGAGCUACCGGACUCAGAGCUGUCCCUGCUCUCGGGCCGCUCGGCCAGGCUGCCCAGGUCCAUGGACUCGGUGGAAGAGCUGGCAAAGCUGUGGCCCCGGAUGAGCCACCACCUUAGCCUGUCCCCAGGGACUGUCCUGUUCAGCACGGCCCGCAAGCCCUGGACCGAGGUCAUUCCCUGUGGCUACGAAAUGCACCACACCGUGAAAGGCCUGGUGCCGCUCAAGGCCUUCCUGCUGGCGGGCACCACCGUCACUGUCAUGGAGGAGAAGAUCCUGUCCUGGCCCUUGGCGUCGCCCUCUACGGACAGCCCCUUGCUUGCCAAGAAGGGGAAGAAGGAGAGAGAGAAGAGAGACAAGGUGGAGAAGGAACCUUCCAAGGAGCGGAGGGGCUCCAAGAAGAGGAAGGAUUCCUCCAGGGAGCUGCGCCAGGACCCGCCCGUGCCACGCGUGCUGGGCAGCUGCCUCGUGCCACUCGAGCCCCUGCUGGCCGGGGAACCCCUGGUGACCACUGUGUGCAACUUUGGGGUGCUCCGCACCACCGAGUCUGAUAAGCUCACAUUCGCCAGGGACUCCAAGAAGGUUAAGAAUGUCACCAAGAAAGAGAAGCUGAAGGCCGCGGCCCCGCUCAGCGAGAGCCAGUACCAGCCCGAGCCGCUGACGGUGGAGCUGCAGGUGCAGCUGAGCCAGUGCCGCUCGGCGGCCGACGCGCUGCGCGCCCUCGAGGCGCCCGAGUAAAGGCGCGCGCCGCCCGA